AUGAUGCAGAUGGACUACCACAAGCCGGACCAGCAGACCGUGCAGGCGCUCAAGAACAUCGCUGCCCGCCUGAGGAUUAACUCCAUCAGGGCGACCACCGCAGCGGGGAGCGAGAGAGGAUGGUCCGUCCCAGAUGGCGCUGGAGGACCAUGUGUGACCUAUGGUGUUUCUGAGCGUAUUCACAUCCGUGUGAUCGACCCGUUCACCAUCAAACCCCUGGACUCCAAAACCAUCAUCGACAACGCGCGAGCCACCAGGGGGCGCAUCAUCACCGUGGAGGACCACUACCAUGAAGGGGCGCUGGGGGAGGCGGUCUGCUCGGUGGCGGUGAAUGAACCAGGAGUGACCGUGACGCGUCUGGCCGUGUCCCGCGUCCCUCGCAGCGGGAAACCUCAGGAGCUGCUGCGUCUCUUCGGUCUGGACCGGGACGCCAUCGCUCAGGCGGUCCGCAAACUGCUGAGCGCGAACGCCAUGUGA